CCGUUUUUUGGGAGGAAAUUUUAAUCGUAAAAAAAAUCCGUACGCUUAAUUGAAAUUACAUUCAUCUAUUUUAAGAAAAUCUUGGGUUUUUUUUAUUUCAGAUGACUUUUAAGGACUCUAAGGUGCAGGGCUGUUAGAGUUUGCAGAACCUACUAUAGACACAUUUUAUAUCAAAAUAAAAAUGUAUUUCAUCAAAUAGAAAAACAUUUUUCAACAGUUCAAGAGAUGAUUAAUUCAAUGCAAAAACAUUUAUUUAUCUACCUGCUUUAUGGGCGUCACAAAAAAUUCGCUAAAAAGAGCUAUUUUUUUCAGCCGUCACAGUGUUUAUCUCUCUUAAUUCAACCAAGUUCUUCUUUUCGUGUAGGUUGCAGUUCUCUUAUGAUUCGCGCUCGCGAAAUGAAAAGUCGGAGAUACGGAAUUCGUUCUCGCGGGCGGCUGAGGAGAGUACGAGAAAGUUCGAAAAGCACCGCUGCGAUUCCGCGCCGCCCACUCGCCGGGUAAUCGCUCCGCCGAAGCCGAAGCAUCCGAGUUCGCGAGACGAUUGAACGUAGGCGUCUUGAAUCUUAUUCGCGGAAAGUAAGAGCCCGCAUCGGCCGGCGAGAUACGUACGUACGUACAUACGUCGGAUACGGCGCGUCGGGUACUUAAGGGUCGAAGAGCAAUCGACCCAUAAAUAGAAGCUUUUCCCUCGGACAGAGAGGCGCAUCGAGCAGCGGCUAUCCUCCGCGACUCUUGCGCUUACUCCGCUGCUCCACGUAUUCUUUAUGUCCGGCAGACAGACAGACGGACAGAUGGACGGACGAACAGACAGGAGACGUUAUCAGACGGCUACGUUGACCGCUGGAACAUUUACGACCACGAGAGAGUGCUUCUUCGAGCCUUCGCGAAAGCGGAGCCUCGCGGAGCGCCACCAAGAACAUGAGAGAUUCGCAUGAGGGAAUCGACGCCCGAACAAGAGCGGAGGGUACAGGAUUACGGUCAAAUGGCGAUAAUUAUUUAUAUCGACGCUCUCUCGCGCGCUAUAUCGCGCGGCUUUAAAAUCACGGACUGUAACAAUCCCGCGAAGGGUCGACUCUCGUAAUCCCACCUUAAGAAUCUCUUUCUCUCUCUCUCUUUUUCUCUCGGAGAAGGAGGCAGGGCACCGAGAGUCAACCGAGAUCUCGAGUGCCGCUGGAGCCGCACGAGCGAGACGACGUGCCGGUGCGAUCAAGGGUGUCGAGCGAGACGGAACGAGGGAGAGUGGGAUGCUGCGAGAGAAGAAGGCAGGCGAGAGUGGACGGACGGCAUACCACCACCACUUCCAUGUCCCUCUGUCUGUCCCUAUCUCUCUUUCUCUCUCUCUCUUUCACACACACAUACACACACACUCUCAUUUCUUCCUCCUUGCUCGCUCCUGCGUUCAAUCUCCUCUCACCUACUCCGUCCGACGACUUUUACACGCGCGAGCCGGCUUCCCACCCGUCCACCCGCCUCUCCUUCUCUCUCUUUCUCUCUCAUUCUCUCCUUCUCCUCCUCCUCCUCCUUCGCCUCCUCCGCCUCCUCUCACUCGCUCUGUUCUCUCUCCCCGCGGGAGAGCCGCGGAGAGCGCGCAAAAUGCCAGUGAUUCGACGCGACUUGAACUACGCGGCUCGACGGCGCGCCGAGGCGCAGAUCGAGGGAGCGGGAAUUCGAACGCGCGCCGAGCGAUGCGUGAAGCUCCGCGGGAUCUCGCUGCGAGGCGUCCGUGCGCGGGUACCAAGUGUCUUGGGCGGCGAAUCGGCCGUCCUGACCGCCGGUCGCCGGUGUGACGCGUCGCGUUUGCGCGCCCGAGCGACUUCUGUGUGCGUCGCGUGUCCCGCGGUACGAGUGAGAGGCGAUCGAAGGCGAAAAUACGAGGCGAGACUUGAGAGAGUGUGCGCGCGCGCGCGCGUGUGUGUGUGUGUGUGUGUGUGUGUGUUCGGCGCGAUUGCGUGCAUGCGCGCGCCCGCGCGCGCAUGUGUGUGUGUGUGUGUGCGUGCGUGCGUACGUGCACCGGUACGUGGGUGAUUUUGAACGGUGAUCAGCGGAGCGAACUCCGCGGAGUGCUCCGUUUCUAACGAGUGUCGAUGUGGUCUCCUGACACCCGCGAACGAAACUCGCGGCUUUUAGCGCCGCUCAGAGCGCAACUCGAGAGCGCGUGAAUUUUCGCUUUGAUCGGCGAGAAAGAGACGCCUCCUCGUUAAAUUUAGACGUGAUCGUUGCUCGUCGCGGUUGAACGACGAGGCUCUGGUUCUAACGAAUGGUUUAUUCAUCGAUUAGGAUAGAGAGGAAAACAAGUCAGAUUUAAUUUGCAAAGUUGCGACACGACACCUUCUUGCGCGGAACGAGUUUCGCGGAGGUGCUGCACACGGAUCGCCGCGGAAAAGACCGCGCGGAGAGAACGACGGUGGGGGAGAGGAAAAGGGUGAAACAAACGCUGUAACCGCGUCCGAGGGCGGAGAAAGUGUCUGACCAGUGUCUCGAGGUACUUUCGUGGCGCUUGCAUUGAGCGAGAUACCCGAAAGAAAUCACGAUCGAUGAACCGCGAAUCAUUUAUCGUCGAAGCGUCAUUGUGGCAAAGGAAGAGGAAAAGAAAGAGUUCGCGAAGCGUUUCGCGCGGCUAACAAUAGAAAAAAGUCGGCAAUAACGAAAUCGUUCGUGGUCAGACUUGAAGUAGCGACAUGGACGUGCGAGUAAAAAAGCACAGUCUUAAUUCCGCCGGCUUGUAGAAGGGUCCUUUAGAGAGUUCCACGGGAGAAGUCAUGACGACGAGCGAAGGCAGCAAUCGCCGAGGGUAGAUCGCCAAGCGCGCUCGCGUUCAUCGGCACGAUAUCCCCGCGCGCGGCAUCGACGCGGAAACCUCGCCGAAUCUUGUCGCGUAGAAUGAUCAUCCUGGUCGUGCCGAGGGCACGGGAAAAAAGGGAAGAGGAGGGCAAUGAGGAGGAGGGAGGAGGAGCGGUGGCGGCGGUGCAGCAGCAGCAGCACGGCGUCGAAAAAGGAAAGCCACGCUGAUCAUCCGCGACUGGAAGACCUCGGCGUUGCACCUUAGCCAGUGUGCCGCGGGAGAAGGGACGAACAGAGAGAGAGAGAGAGAGAGAGAGAGAGAAAAAGAGAGAGUGAGGAGGAGGAAGAGAAGGAUACGGAGAGCAAAAGGGCAAGGAGGCCGGUGAGAAGAGAGAAAUAGAGAGAGAGAGAGAGAGAGAGAGGGAGACAGAAAGAGAAGGGCCCGAGGAACGAGAGACGGAACGAAGCGCAAUCGGGGAAAGAGAAGAGAAAUUCGCGCAGAUUCGCUCGUUUCCAUAAAUUCAUGCUUUCGUGGCUAUCUCGCGGGCCCUCGAUCAUUCGGAUCCUGCGUGAAUCCGUUGUACUCUCUUCGCCGAGACUUCCUCCGAUCCUCGGUUGAGCACACUGGACUCCGCAGCAUUCGUGAUCCUCUCACGGAACGAGCCUUUGCUGAUUCUCGCCGCACGAUCGUGCCGACGUCACCUCGAGGUAGCAUAAAUCCGUAGCCGAUCGUACUUCCGCGAGUCGCGGCUGGUCGCGUUGCCCCAUGAGGCCCCUCUCCUUCGAGAACCUGAGGAGGCUCGUGGGCCGUAAGAAGGACCGCAACGAGCCCUCCUUCAAGCGCAGCGAGUCCUUCAAGAGAAUAUCCAUCAGAAAGAGCUACUUGGACCGCGGCAAACGACGAAACCGACUGCAGAAGAAUCAAGAGCAGCCCGCCGCUAAUCCUGCCUCGCAACCGGUGGUGGCGACCGACAAGAUUGUCCAACAGCAGGCCAACGAGAAGGACCUGAAGAAGAAUCAGGAAUGCUCACUUGGACGCGACUCCAUCACGUACGACGAAUGGCUCCAAGGAGUCAGCUCCUCCUCCCUCGAGAAGCUUCACGAAGAUCGCGUGGAGUCUCUCCAGCAUCCACCAAAGGUCGUCAAGGCCGCUAAAGUUACGCCCAAACACAAUAAUACCGACGCGAAUUCGAUCGCCGAGGACCUGAAGAUCCUCGAGCUCGACGCCUCGCCCAUUCUCACGUCCAAACGGCCCAAGCCCUUCAGGAUCGCCACGCAGGAUCAUGUUCGGGACGAGAGCAACGGGCAGGACGGUCUCUGGGCACAGGAGUCGUUCGCGGAAGGACCACCUAGCGUCAGCAUCAGUCUUGGCAGGAUAUGGAGGGAUGCGGUGCCGGUCCCGGCGCCGGUAUCGGUCCCGCCACCGGCUGCGUAUCCUGCCGCGUCAGAUCCCGCGGUCCAUCACUCGCUGGACAGCGGCCUGAAGGAGAGGAAACCGCAGCCGACCGUCGCGAGGACGGUCUCGGCGCCGGAGAAGCCCGUCAGCAAGGAUACCUCGUCGUCCUUCGGUUUCUCUCUUAGAAUCGCUAAACUUGCGGAUUUUAGACCAGGGGUGACGCGAAACGGCCUCUUCCGUCGCAAGACGCCGAAACCAUCGCCCAGCGUCAGCAGCGAGGGCUACUUCAAGCGCACGAGCGCGUCCAGACGCUCGAGCUCCCGCCGCUCUCGCGGCAAGAGGACGUCGCAGCGCUCCAGGAAGUGCCAGCAGCAGCCCCCUCGCACCAGCAGCCCGGUGUGGUUCGUCCCGCCGGAGAGACGACGCUCGAGACGUCAGCGGCGAGUCUGGCGGGAGAUCCGCUACUUCCCCGACGACGAGGGACCGAUCCUCGAGCGGAUCAACGACUGGUCGUCGAACGUGUCGGACGAUCAGUUUGACGAUCAGAAGCUCUUGCUGUCGGGCGACUUCAACGAGCGCGUUCACGACGACGCUCUGAACUCGAUAGUGUCGUCGUCGCUGGGCUCUUUCUCGGCGACGUCGUCCUCGUCGUCAGCCUGCCCGGCUCCGAAGAUCAGCGACUUCAACGAAGAUAAGUUGUUCUCCGAGGAGCUGAGGACCAGCGGCCUUUUGGCGCGCGGGACCACCUGGAAGCCUUCGCUGACGACGACGACGACGACGGCCAUGACGGCGACGACGACAACGACGACGGCAACAACGACGAGCACGGCUGCUUCUGGCAAUUACUUCGCCAGCAGCCAGUUCCUCAGUUUCCUGGCGAAGGAUGCUGUCAAGGAGAGGUCAAAGAGCGAGAGCUCCAACUUGGGCUACAGAUGCCUCUCGUCGACCGACAGUGAGGACGACGACAACGCCGACCGUUUCAACGAGCGCAGGAGGAACGUCAGUUUCCCUCAGCAGCAGCAGCAGCGUCAUCUGAAGAGGCAGAAGUCUGGUAUCCGCAGGAGACCAUUGCGCCGGAAGUCGCAAUUGAAAAGAGCGUCCGGCCAACCGGUGUUCCUCGUGCGCAAAUGCUCGUCCUUGAGGAAACGUCCUAGGGAUAUCACACAGAAGGGUUAUGAAAAGAAACGGACGCGUCUACUGCAGCAGUACGCCUCGAAGCAGUUAGGGGCUGGAAAUGCUGGUGGUGGAGGUGGAGGGCUGGAGAGAACGGGUUAUGGGAGCGGGGGAGGUGGCGGCGGCGGCGGCGGCGGCGGUGGCAGCGGCGGCGGUGGCGGCGGUGGAGGAGGAGGAGGAGGAGGAGACUGUGGCGAUGGUGGUGGCGGUGGCCGACCGCAGCCACGUGCACGGCGCACGCAACGGCGCGUCACGCACAACGAGAAGCGCUAUCACUCAGGCGGUCGGCUAGUGCCUGGCGGGAUCGCCAGUCCCCCGGGAUCUGGCGGCUCCACAGGGAACACCGGGAACUCGAACUCGGCUGCGGCGGCGGCGGCGGCGGCCGCGAGACGCGGCAAUCGCAGACUCACGCGCAAUGAGAGCCGAUACCAUUCCGAGGUGCGCCAGGAGGCGGUGCAGCAAGCGCUGGCGGCGAUGCAGGGACGGCCGAAACCAUCCUUGCCGAUGCCGUCCAAGAGGACCUCCGUGAUGGCCAGGAGCCCCGAUCGGGAAAGACGCGAUAGCGGCGAGUCCAGCAGCGACGAGGACAGCGUCGUCACCGAGGAGAGCCCUGGCGCGGGUGGACCUACCGGUACUGGUCUCUCGGACACAAGCAGCACCGGCUCCGCCCGGGACACCCCGCCGCCGCCGAGGCCGCCGGCGAGGAGGCCGCCCGGAGCCGACAUCACGGACAUCGCCGAGUACACGCCGCAUGCCUACUGCAACAUCCAGCCGCCGGAUGUCACCCACACCAGCAGCACCCCGGUGACGGUGCAACAGCAGUCGGCGACGCGACGGCCCGGCGCCGACCGGGUGAAUCGUUAUCACGUGGUCGAGGAUCAGAACAACACCGGCACCACCGGUCGCUGGAAGGUCUCCGCCAAGAUACAGCAGCUAUUGAACACGCUCAAGCGGCCGAAGCGCCGGCCGCUGCCGGAGUUCUAUGAAGACGACGACAUCGAGCUGGAGAUCGCGGCUAAUCCGAAGGACCCCAACGCCCCGAAACCCGAGGGAGGCUCCAUGACGUCAGCGGUGGGUGAGUCCCUGUCGGUGCCAUCAGGCUUGCCUAGAUCCCUGGAGGCCGCAAUCCAGAGGUAUGGCUCGGCGACGUACAAAGCGCCGGUGGCGACCGUUCUCGACCCUAACGGCAAGCUUUGCGUAACGCUGACGUAUGGAAAGCUGCUCAGCCGCUCCCAUAAGAUCGCCUAUACUCUUCUCAACAAGGCCCUAAGUCGCGGUGGGGAUUGUUGCCUGAAACCCGGCGACAGAAUCGCCCUCGUUUAUCCGAACAAUGACCCGAUCAGCUUCAUGUGCGCCUUUUACGGCUGCCUGCAGGCCGGUAUCGUGCCAGUGCCCAUUGAGGUACCUCUGACUCGUCGCGACGCGGGUUCCCAACAGAUCGGUUUCCUUCUAGGAAGCUGUGGAAUUCAGGUGGCGUUGACCAGUGAAGCAUGUCUGAAGGGUCUGCCGAAGACGGCUGCCGGCGAGGUAGUGGCCUUCAAGGGUUGGCCGAAGCUGCACUGGUUCGUCACCGAACAUCUAGGCAAAACGCCCAAGGACUGGCUGCCACCGCCACGUCUCACCGAUGACACGCCCGCGUACAUCGAGUACACUACUGAUAAGGACGGCUCCGUAAUGGGUGUGACGAUUACUAGAGCAGCGAUGAUGUCCCAUUGCCGCGCUCUUACACAGGCUUGCGGGUACACCGAGGGCGAGAACGCCGUCUGCGUGUUGGAUUUCAAACGAGAAGUCGGCCUCUGGCACAGCACUUUGACCAGCGUUCUCAACGGAAUGCACGUGAUCUUUAUUCCCUACGCCCUGAUGAAAGUCAACCCCGCCAGUUGGAUGCAAAUGAUUACGAAGCAUCGCGCCAGUGUGGCCGUCGUUAAGUCGCGGGACCUCCACUGGGGUCUGUUGGCUACCAAGGACCACAAGGAUGUGUCUUUGGCAUCGCUGAGGCUGUUGCUGGUCGCAGAUGGAGCGAAUCCCUGGUCCCUGUCGUCCUGUGACCAGUUUCUCUCAGUAUUUCAGUCAAAAGGACUCAGGCCGGACGCUGUCUGCCCUUGCGCCUCUUCCAGUGAAGCCCUGACAGUCUCGGUGAGAAGGCCGGGACGUGCGGGAGUGAAUGCCACCGGUCGUGGAGUUCUUUCCAUGUCUGGCUUAAGUUACGGAGUCGUCAGAGUGGAUCAGGAAAACUCUCUGACGUCGUUGACGCUGCAAGAUUGCGGACAAGUCAUGCCUGGAAGUAUAGUAGUCGUUAUUAAGAUGGAAGGUCAACCGUUUAUCUGUAAGACGGAUGAAGUCGGAGAAAUUUGCGUUCACAGUUCUGCGACCGGCAGCCAAUAUUGGGGCUUGCAAGGACUCACCAACAACACCUUUAAAGUGUCGCCAUUGCAAGCCGACAGUACAGCUCUCGGUGACGUGGAGUACACACGCUCUGGCUUGUUGGGUUUCCUCGGUCCCGGAGGGCUCGUCUUCGUCUGUGGUUCGCGCGAUGGUCUAAUGACUGUGACCGGCAGGAAGCACAACGCUGACGAUAUUAUCGCCACUGUGCUGGCGGUUGAGCCGAUGAAAUUUAUUUACCGCGGCAGAAUCGCUGUUUUCAGCGUGAGAGUCCUCAGAGACGAGAGGAUAUGCGUUGUCGCGGAACAGCGGCCGGAUUGUAGCGAGGAAGAGAGCUUCCAGUGGAUGUCUCGAGUGCUGCAAGCGGUCGAUUCGAUUCACGCGGUAGGAAUAUACUGUCUCGCCUUAGUGCCACCUAAUUAUCUGCCCAAGACACCUCUGGGCGGUAUUCAUCUGUCAGAGACUAAACGUCGCUUCCUCGAGGGCGCUUUGCAUCCGGCAAACGUGCUGCUCUGUCCCCACACCUGUGUCACCAAUCUACCAAAACCGCGCGAAGUGCAUUCAGACGUUGGUCCGGCCAGUGUCAUGGUGGGGAACAUCGUCCAGGGUAAUAGACUGGCCUCGGCGCAAGGACGGGACAUGGGUGUCUUGGACGAGGACAGCGACAAUGCCAAAAAGUAUCAGUUUAUCUCUGAAAUCCUACGAUGGCGCGCCGUCAGCACCUCGGACCAUGUGAUAUUUACAUCGCUGAACGCGAAGGGGGCCGUGGCCACUUCGUUGUCCUGCUCGCAACUGCACAAGAAGGCCGAGAGGAUCGGGAACCUGCUCUUGGAUCGUGGAAGAGUCAAUACAGGCGACCAUGUGGCGCUCAUCUUCCCACCUGGCACCGAUCUGAUAUGUGCGUUUUAUGGCUGCUUGUAUGUCGGUGCUGUGCCGGUGACCAUUAGGCCGCCGCAUCCGCAAAAUCUACAGACUACCUUGCCGACCGUUCGCAUGAUCGUGGACGUCAGCAAGUCUGUCCUCGUGUUGACCAAUCAGAACAUCCUGAAGCUGCUGAAAACAAAAGAAGCGAAUAACGUGGUCGACGUAAAAAGUUGGCCGAUGAUCCUGGAUAUGGACGACAUGCCAAAGAAGAAGCUGCCGGUGAUGUAUCGGGCGCCCACCGCGGAGAUGUUGGCCUACCUGGACUUCAGCGUCUCGACGACGGGUAUGCUUGCCGGCAUCAAGAUGUCUCACGCGGCAGUCACCUCACUGUGCCGUGCUAUGAAGCUGGCGUGCGAACUUUAUCCUUCUAGACACAUCGCUCUCUGUCUGGAUCCGUAUUCAGGGCUUGGCUUCGCCUUGUGGUGUCUCAGCAGUAUAUACAGCGGACAUCAUUCCAUAUUGAUACCACCUUCUGAGGUGGAGGCCAACCCCGCUCUAUGGUUGUCGGCGGUUAGUCAGUCCAGAGUACGAGACACGUUUUGCUCCUAUGGUGUCAUGGAGUUGUGCACGAAAGGACUCGGCUCAUCGGUUCAUACGCUCAAAGCCCGAGGGGUCAGUUUGGCUUGCGUGAGAACGUGCGUUGUUGUCGCGGAGGAAAGGCCGCGAAUAGCGUUGACGACGAGUUUCAGCAAACUGUUUUCAGCCCUCGGUUUGAGUCCGCGCGCCGUCUCCACCUCGUUCGGUUGCAGAGUAAACACUGCCAUUUGCUUGCAGGGCGCAUCGAGCCCGGAGCCUUCAACAGUCUAUGUGGAUCUACGUGCGUUACGCAACGACCGGGUGUCUCUGGUGGAACGCGGCAGUCCGCAUUCAUUGUGCUUGAUGGAGUCAGGUAAACUGUUGCCUGGCGUGAAAGUGAUCAUCGCGAAUCCCGAGACCAAGGGUCAAUGUGGCGACUCGCACCUGGGUGAGAUCUGGGUGCAGUCGUCGCACAACGCCAGCGGCUACUUCACGAUCUACGGCGAUGAGAGCGACUACGCCGAUCACUUUAACGCGCGGCUGGUUACCGGCAACACAAACGAGGUAUACGCGAGAACCGGUUACCUCGGUUUCCUCAGGAGAACUGAGAGCGUUCAGCAGUCGGUGAUCAGCGACGUACCCGGCGAUACCACGUCCGCGGCCGAGGCUGACCUCGUGCCAAGCGAUCCGGAGCUGCACGACGCUGUAUUCGUCGUCGGCGCUCUCGACGAAGCUAUACUACUGCGGGGUAUGCGCUACCAUCCGAUAGACAUUGAGAACAGCGUCAUGAGGUGUCACAAGAAAAUAGCAGAGUGUGCUGUAUUCACAUGGACCAACCUCCUAGUGGUAGUGGUAGAGUUGGACGGCAGCGAGAGCGAGGCCCUCGAUCUGGUGGCUCUGGUAACGAGCGCCGUGCUCGAGGAGCAUCACCUUGUGGUAGGCGUGGUGGUGGUAGUGGACCCCGGUGUGGUACCCAUCAAUUCGCGCGGCGAGAAGCAACGGAUGCACCUGCGCGACGGCUUCCUGGCGGACCAGCUCGACCCGAUUUACGUGGCGUACAAUAUGUGAACGGGUGUGCGCAGCAAGGCCAUUCCCUCCGUUCUCCGCCCUCUUACUCCCCGUCGGCGGUCCUUGCACAACCUGCCGAGGCUGCAGUGGAACUCCAUUCGCGAGGACGAUUCCGCGUCGAGUGUGACGAGACGAGCGACUUUAGAGAGAACUCUAUAAUGGGAACAUUUCUCGUUCCUCGUUUCCCUCGACUCGCGUACGUCUCAUCAUAGGUCCAAACCUUCUUUUCACGAAGGUUUCGCUUAGAUCGGAUUUCUCUUUCGUUUUCCUUGUUCACAUUCAAACCCCAGUUCCUGGGUUUGCCAUUUGGAUCUGCGACAUCGCGCAGACUCUUAACUCUGUAGAUGCGUGCGUCCUCGCACAAGUGCAUAUUUCCCGGCAAGAUACGUUUUAGCCAAUUAGCCGAACGCGAGAUUCGUUGUUGGAGUGAAUAAUUUGAAAUAGAGGAAAUGGGAUGAAUACGUAGAGAAUGAACAUAUAUUCCGAUCAAUGGAGUUCUACUGUGCGUAUCGAGGAACGUUAACGCGCUCCAACAGAGAGGAGCGAGCGUUACCAUUAGCGAGAGGUACGCACAAGCAGACUUGAUACACCCAAUGCGCUCGAAAAGUCCAACUGCCAUCGAAUCCUCCCUCUCUUGGGAAGUCACUUCGAUCACAUUCGUGAAUUAGUAUCACAUUACGUACGCGUAUAUGACACAUAACGAGAUAGAGAACGGUCGGUGUGUAUAACGAAACCGAUGACGAAUCAUGAAAUCGAUAAUAAGUCAUGUGUAUUCGGGAUAAAGUCAUAAAUAAUCCGCGGGGCUUGCUGUCGCGCGGAUACUCGGCCGACUGUCCAGUUUAGAGCGACUCGACGACGCAUCGACCAAGCACGUAGCACCGUAGCAUCCCGGUAUUCGAUUCUUUUGCAUUUGCGCGGCGAAGGACGAUGCACACAAGACCCGACCGAUCCAUCUGCAGUCGCACUUAAUGUGUAACCGUUUGAUUUUCAUUAUGCGAGGCACAUCGCAGCGUAGACGAGUAUUGUAGAGAGAAAGACGGGACACUUAGCUGGAUCACAUCGGUGCGUUAUCCCGCGGCUCGGAGGAUCGAAUGACAAGCGCUCCACAUUUGUACAUAUAACACUCCGCGUCCUACCUGCGAGUCGCGGGAUGACGGCGAUAGACUCUUCCCUUCGUGACGUCGACGUGACGCUCCCGAAGCGAAAAUACACGGAAAGGUGUGGAAAGAGUAAAUACGCGUAAAAUGAAGUCGCAUGGUUAUGUGUUAAUAUCGAGUUCUGCACGGUUGGGCGAACGGUUUCGGACGCGUUAGGCUGCGACACGCACACGAGCAUCGCGAUGUUGUAUAUCUCAAGCCAAAGUCUUUAUACGUUGUAUUGUGCAGCGUGCGCGACGAGCAUUCUGGAGUCUUUUUACACAUUGCCUCAGCCUAGUGUUCAGCACAGAAGCGGGCGCUUGAUAAAAGUUCAGUGAUCGUCGCUCCUGAUUGAUAUUUCAUUCUGGAUACAUCGAGAGAACCCGAAGAAAGUGUCUCAGGUCGCAGAAAAUGAUCACUGAGCGCUUGCUGAGCGCUCACCUCUGCCAAAACACGAGCGUUAAUUAGCUGUAACUCGAGUGCGCGGAGUUUAUCGGCGAGGACAACGAAGGAUUUCGUCGCGAGACGGUGAUUCGCGAAAAGGAUUCAUGGCGGAUCACUCUUGUAACCAUUUCUACGAAUCUUACAGUCUCCAGCGCGCUCAGCAAUGCGCGUAGAAAUCGUGAACUUAAUUACGACUUAGAGGAUUUGGUUUAAUCCGGCAUUCAAUUAUCCCAACUUCGCCCGCACAAAUCAGUAUAAUUACGGAGCUAGCUCGAGCUUGCAGAUAGGAAUGUAGAUGUGUCACGCGAUAUCGACUUUAGGGCUAUCGAUCCUCCUUCUCAAGUCGUUCGUUCGCCCGCUUAUCGGGAAAUCAACGUCUUUCAUUGGCCUACGCUUAGAGAUAUCGAGAUUAGAUUGAUAACAGCGAUUUUCUAUAUCAAAGAGAGACACGAUUCGAAUCUAAUUUGUAAGAAAUUUAAUACAGCUAUGCUUCGCGAAAUAUUCUGUAUAAAAUACACAUGCGUUUUUACACGAGAAGAGAGCGAAAAUUCACAGCGGGACUGUUUUGACGAUUUAUUGACGUUAGUACUGAAAAGGCGAAGUUCCCGUGAAGAAGAGUCUGAGAGCGAGACGCCCGAAAGUCGAUCGCGUUUAACUUGCCCGGAGGAGACCUUUUUUUACUCACGGACCUUUUCUACGGAUAUGUACAAUUGUUGAUAGAUCUUUAAUUUUAUAUUCUUAUUUUAACAUAACGACGACAUACAACGUAUAAUGUAUCGUUGCGAGACACUGCGAUUAUAAUGACUACACGUGUACCCGUCAUGCGUAAACGAUUGGCAGCGAGUGUCGCGUUAGAGACGACGUGACGUUGAUCGUAAUUGUCCCUGAUCGUUGGGAAGGAGACAAGCUCCGGAUGUUUCCGCAGAUUAUCGCCGGCGUCUGUCUCACGACAUCAUUUGAUCCGCGCGCGCGGGAACGAUCCGAGUCGGCAGUGCACUCACAUAUUUCGGCGGAUUAAUAAAGAAGUAAGCAAAACAAACACCUUGGGAGAGCCAUCGUUCACGAUUCAUAACAGCGGAGCGCAGAAGUUCGUCAGUUGGUUUCUCACAGUAGCUCCCCUAUUCCCAGUCGAGUUGUCCCGGCGGUUAUCUCGACGAUGUGAAUGGUAAAAGGGGAGAAGGAGGGAGAGCAGAGCUUUUGUUUACUUUGACCGAUGACGCAGGUGGGAACAAUCGCCUCGCCUCGCCUCGCCUCGCGGAGAGACGAACUUCCGCCCACCUGAGAAACUUCACGGGACGAGCUUCGGCGACUCCGUCCUUGGUCGCUUCGCGACCGCUGCGACGCGACCAUGAUCGGUGACAACUUCGUCAGUGCAAUAUACGCAUGGCUGUUAGUGACUUAUAAUCGCACGCGCGGCGUAUGACGAUUAUCAAUCGUAACCGGACUCUCAGUGGCGGUCCACAACACAGGAAGCUCCUUGUAAAUACGUAAUAACGAGAAGGAGCCGAAGCCUUCGGCGUCUUUCCUCCCACGUGUUGCCCCUAUUUCACGACUCGUUCGUUCACUUUCCCUCUCCCGCGACCGUUUAUUUCUAUCUCCUGCCUUCUUUCUCUUCCCUUUCUUCUUCCUUUUCUCCUUCUUGUUCUUGUUGGCGUUGUGUUAUUAAGCUAUCGUGCCAUGUCACUUCUUCCUCGCGUUUACUUCCGCACCUUUACGCACGGAUAUAGACGCACGGCCGUAAAUAGCCGACGUUCGCACAGGCUUGGUUGCACUGAUAAUUCUGGUUAAUUAGCUAUUAUUAUCUCGUUCUCUCUUCCCCCACCCCGUCUCUUGUUCCUCCUGGAAAUAGUGACUCCUCGUCUAGCUGAAUAUCGCCGUUAAGUUUAUGAUGUAAACAGGGAAAGGAUGUAAGUUAUUUACACGGUUAUUUAUUGUCUCAAUUAAUUAUUUAAUUAUAUUUGAUCUCAUCUUUUUUGCUCUCUCUCUUUCUGCUGCUCCACGGCUUUUGGCACUUUCGAUUUAUAGCAUUUUUCUCCUUAAUGACGAUUUCUUUGACAAUUCAAUUGUUUCGAUUUUCUUCGGGCUGCACUGCGCUAAUUCUGUAACUUUUAAUGACAAUCUCGUUGUUGACAUCGUUGCGCAGUUAUUUUAAAUAUAUAUAUAUAUAUAUAUAUAUAUAUAUAUAUAUAUAUAUCAUACCUGCGUGACGACACAUAACACAUGCGUUAAAAAAUUGCAGAAUAGGUCUCUCCUCGCAGUCAUUUAGGUUGAUGAUGUCAAAAGCUAGAAAAUAUAUAUAUGUUCGAAAUUCUUACAAAAUACGUUAAAAUGAAAAUAUAUGUUCAUAAAAUGACGCAAUUCAUAAAUUACGAGUGUGAUUUUAUGAGCAUAUCUUUUUGUUUAAAUGCUUUUCUAAACAUUUUGAGCGUGCACUUCUUCGCUUCUGACUUCAUCAGUCAAGAUGACCGCGGCGAUGAAACUCAGAAGCCUUAAGAUAAAAAAUUAAUAGCAUGAUUAAUUAAUGCGUUGGUGCAACUGGCUCUUGAAUAAAUUAGAACCCCUUUUCCAGGAAAGAACUGGCCGUAAGCUUUUCUCUCUCUCUCUCUCUCUCUCUCUCUCUCUCUCUCUCAUCUACGAGAACAUUUUUGUUUAUCUACGAGAACGCGAUGGUGCUUCUGCGGUUCUUUCGGCGGUUCAUUCCUGGAGAAUUUCGCUCUGCGAUUCAACUCCCUCGAAUGCAUUAUGCGGUAACGCCUCGAAAUUCAGAAGUUGAUUCCCAAACUCCUCGAGAGGAGUGUUCUCUCCGAGGAGGGAUCCACGCGGGGAGAUGUAAUUACGAAGAGAACUCGUGAAAUGUCACUCGUGGAAUAUCAGAUUGGGACACGCGCGCGUUGAGAUUCUGAGUUUCGAGGUUCUGAACGCCGAGCUCGUGACAAUGUCCACCAAUUUGUCCUUCUCCGUGCGUGAAAGGAAGAUAUACAUGUAUAACACUACACAAAUGCCUCCCCGAGGAAAGUAGGAAUGUGCAAUGAGAGAUGAUUUUUACAUCGGACGACAGGCGGUUGUUGUAACUACGAUAGCGUCGAUUGUAACGACGGGAAAUCCGGACAUCCGGUAAAUCGUUCGGUCACUUAGAUCCUCCCGAUAUCCUCGACCUCGCGCGAAGCUGUGGUCACGGUGAUCCCGAACCUUUAUCCUUAUCGCGCGCGUAAUGGAUUAUAUAAAUAAAUAUUUUAUAA